AUGCGUAAAGCUGCCGGCUAUGCCGCCGCUGCUCGAAGGUCUGAAGAGCAGCUUUUACCCCUGCGGAGGUGCAGGGCUCUCCCCGCAAUUACUGACAAGUUAUGGGCAGCACAUAGUACUAGCGUCGAGCUCAAUCCAUUGCUUCGCUGCCCUCGCACCCAUCGCGCGCCAGACGUCUUCUGUCUAUACGCUACAUACGUAACACGGCUUUCAAACCGAGGUUUCGCGUUUUCUCUUUGCGGGAGGCGAGUCAAGAGCCCCAAGAGUGCACGCCAAAUGCUCCUGACGCAGCCGCCGUGCUAUCAGCUCACACUUAGGAGCCCAGUUGUUCAGGGGUCUGUGGUGGUCUGCAACACGGGCGGGAUCAAGAUCGGUGAUCUGUUGAGUGGCAUCCGACGCCUCAAGGGCAAAGAGAGCGACCUCAGAGUGGUGAUCGAUAUCGAAGAUGUGUUUUUUCCAACGAUCGAGGAGGACGAAGCUGGGCAUGCUGGAUGGCACUGGAAAAUGACGCGGAGUCAGGAGCACAAGAAUGCAGACAGUAUGGAUCAGAACUAUCAGCGUGGCAUGGUCAGCAGGGAGCGGUCUAGCAAUCAGGACUCAUUAAAGUCCGUCGCCACAUAUGGAUUCACUGCUCAUGCCCAUUCCUGGUUUGGUCUUGCAAUGAGCGGCCCAAACGGCGUCAUGAGGGUGUAUCACACUCCAUCACCGCUUCAUUUCUACUCUGCAAUCCUAGCAUCUGCAAUUCCACUCGUCUAUUGUUUAAUGCGUCAGAUUCAAGUCUAA